CCCCCGGCCGGGUGCCGCGCCGGCCGCCUCCUCCCCCUGCGUCCUCCCGCCGCCUCCGCCCCUCCCUCCUUCCCUCCUGCUCUUUGUCUCCGGGCGCCCGCCACGCGCCCCCUGCCUUGCCCUUCUCUCGGGGACCGCCGCGGACCCCAGCUGACGCGACGCUGCGCGAGUCUGCCAGCCCGGCUGGGGGCCCCGCGUCCGGCCAGGCCUGGAGGGCGGGGGCGGGGCGGGGCGGAAGGUGGCGCUCCUCUCUCCCGCUCUUCUCUCUCUCUCUCUCUCUCUCACACACACACACACACACACACACACACACACACACGCGCGCACACGCACACGCACGCACACACGGAGCAUCCUCCCGUCAGGUCUCCCCGUCCAGCCCCGCCCGCGCCUCCUGCCUCCAGCAAACCUUCUCCCUCUCUUCACACCCUCCCCCCCGCCCUCCUUUCCCUUCGGCUCCCCGACCCUCCCCGCCGACCCCUAUCCGACCCCCCCGGGAUGGAGCAGCUGGAGCCAGCCCGGAGCCCCCCGCGGCCGGGGUGACCGUGCCUCCGCCCCUCUCCCGCCCGGCCCCCGCCUCGAGCACCAUGGGCCUGAGGGGUUCCGGGGGCGCCGGACACUGAAGAUGACCGAGGCUGGAGCUCCCUUGAGUCAUGGCUUCUUCAAAACUCCGAGAACCCAUGGAUGAGGUUUUUGACCUGGACUUGGCCGUGCCAGAGACCGCCAGACUGGACAGCAGUUUACACAAGGCCCGGGCCCAGCUGCUGGCCAAGGGCAGGCGACACCGACCAUCCCGCUCCAGGCUUCGGGACAGUGCCAGUUCUGCUGAAGAUGGUGAAGGCUCUGAUGGGCCCGGAGGCAAGGUGACCGACGGCUGCGGGAGCCCCCUGCACCGGCUGCGCUCGCCUUUGCACUCAGGCCCAGGUUCCCCAGCCGGGGGCUCUUUCUGCCUGGAGCCUCCGGGAUUGAGGCGCAGCCAGGACGAGGACGAGGCACCGCCCUCGCCGCUCACACGCUACCGGCCUCUGCAUAACGCUGCCUCCCACGAAGGCCUGGCGGCAGCCUCCAAGUCACCACCGCGCUCCGCGCCUUCCUCCGACAGCUCGCCCUGCUUCCUGCGCCGCCACCUGCGGGCGGAGCCGCACAGCGAAGAUGACAGCCGGGAUGCCAGCCCUCCUGAGCCUGCCAGCCCCACCAUUGGCCUGGAUAAGAAGACUCGCCGAAAGUUCCUGGACCUGGGGGUCACCUUGCGCAGGGCAUCCACUGGCAAGAGCCGGAAAGAGAAGGGCAGCAACCGUUUGUCCAUGGGCAGCAGGGAGUCAGUGGAGGGGUCUGGCAGGUCAGGGGGCUCCCCGUUCCUGCCCUUUUCCUGGUUCACAGACAGCGGCAAAGGCUCAGCAUCCUCAGGCAGCACCACAUCCCCUGCCUGCUCUCCUAAACAUGAGGGCUUCAGCCCUAAGAAGUCAGCUUCCCAGGAAUCCACCCUGAGUGAUGACUCCACGCCCCCAAGCAGCAGCCCCAAGAUCCCGAGUGGGCCCCGGCAGGAGGCCAAAUGUUCUUACCCCUAUCAUACACUGUCCCAGUCUUCGGAUGAGUUCCUAGAUGAACCCCUCCCCACUGUCCACCACUGGACCAGUCAGCAGGUGGGCCAGUGGCUGCACAGCCUCAACCUGGAGCAAUAUGCUGCGGAGUUUGCUGCGCGACAGGUGGAUGGGCCACAGCUGCUACAGCUGGAUGGAAGCAAACUGAAGAGCCUAGGGCUCAGCAACUCGCAUGACCGGGCGCUAGUGAAGCGGAAGCUGAAGGAGCUGGCGGCAGCUGCCGAGAAGGAGCGUAAGGCCCAGGAGAAGGCUGCGAGGCAGCGGGAGAAGCUCCGGCGCCGGGAGCAGGAGGCCCAGAAGAGCUAGGGGACAGAGGGCAAGGCAGGCGCUGGCGCCCAGGCACGGGUGGCCACGGGCUCGGCGGGCACAGGCCUCACUAUGGGUGCCACACCUGAGCUGGUCUGGGCCCACACUCUCACGGGGGACGUGCCCUCUCUCACCCCAUCACUCUGGAUCUAGGGCCCCCAGAAAGAGAGAUCCAGGAAGAGGCCCAGUAAUAAAUCCCAUUCUGAGGACUUGUUUAGCACAGAGUUCCUGGGGGAGGAGGUGGAUGAAGGGAGAAGCCAGAGACGCCAGAGCUGAAGCAAGUCUGGGAGCCCAGAGGACCCUGGGUCAGGCUAACCCUCUGCCCUCAGGCCAGGGCGGGGCUGGGGCGGAGGAAGUAAGCUAGGAUGCCUGUCUGCCUGCCAGAGGCCCUGAGCCCAGAGCUCAGAGAAAUGGGCCGAGCAUCUCAGAAGCAAUAGGUGGACAGAGCUGUUCCCCUCCAGCUCUCCGAGGUGGCUGUGUGGUGGGGAGCUCUAUGCUGCUCCCCAGGGAGGCCAGUGAGCACUGCAGCAAGAAGCAUUCAGGGUAGACUCCCAGAUGAACUCCUCAGUAGACCAGAAAAAGCAACACAGGAUAAGCAUGAUCUUUGCAAGGACUUUAGGAGAAGGAAGGGAUAAUGACACCCCUCCUCUCUUUCCCCUUUUCUGUUCUGUGGGUCCCAGUGGGCAAGAUGACAGGUUAGCACCUUUUGGGGCCCAAUUAAGUAGUGGUCUUUGACCCAUUCUCCAAGCCAGGAUCCACUUCUCCCGCUGUUCCCUCUUUGGGGGCAGAGCAAACUAGGGAGCUAGUGGGGAAUGAGGGCACCCCCCACCCCACCAAGGCUUAGGGGUGCUGAACUAGUGAUUCCUCACCCUAGCCAGGCAGAGAAGCAACAUAUUCAGGGGUACCUGGCAGUUGAUAGAUUGGAAGGCUUCAUCAGCCCUACCCCAGCUGCCCUGCUUCAGAACUGGCAGACAGGCUGCAGGCUUUGGGUUUGCUGGGAGGAAAGGAGGGCUGGAGCAGCUCCUGGGGGUGGUGUGGAGUGGAGUCUAUCUGCAGCCUGGGGAUUGCAUCUGUCCUUUUAAGGAAAUGUCCAGGGUAGAGAUUUUCUGGGUGCAUUGCUGGCCAGCAGCCAGCCCAGCUUCUGGAGCACUGGUCGGAGUUACCAAUGGGCCAGGGGUUUCUGAUUAGAAUCUUCCCUCCACCUCUUCACAUCUGCCUGUAGUGGUGGGCAGGACCCAGUGCAUGCUGACUUUCCUCAGUCCUGCCCAGGGGCUGUGGCUUGUGGCCAGAGCACUGGCCCUGGGACUCAGCCCUUUCUUUCCCUCUGCCAUCUUUGCUGGGAGAGGGGCUUCAGAGGGAUAACAAGAUAUGGGGACACUGGCACCAUCUGGACCUGGUGGAGGGGCCAGUUGGAGGUUGGAGGCACCCAUGUCCUUGAAGCUGUCAGGAGCUCUAGUGGGUGCCCACCUGCAUGUGAAGGGGGAGGUGGUUCUCAAGUUAUUUCAAUAAACACUAUGAUGUGCCAGUGA